AUGCCUCUAUUAAAAAAUGCCCAACGUCGUUUAGAUGCUCAACGUGAAAUAAUCAAUCAUUUUGCCAAAGUAUUACCAUCUUUCAAUGAUCUAUUCGAUGAACGUUCAUGGUAUAUAUUUUUUGUAUGUUUAACUUUAUUUUCAUUUCUUAUGGCAUUCAUCCUCAGCCGAUUCAUUACAAUCGAUGAUGUUGAUUAUGAUUACAAAAAUCGAAAUCGUCGAUCGAAUCCAUUUUCUAAUAUACGACGGACUCGAUUAUUUUAA